AUGGCCUACGAAAAAUCAAUCGAUAUCUUUGAAAUCGCCAGGUCAAUGUUCAAGUACCCAUGGCUGGAAUAUCCAUACAGGACCAAAGAACUCAAAAAGGCCUCGGUACCUGUUUACCUCCCCUUGUCCUGCCACCAGACACCAAAGGAAGAGUUCCCCCCAAGUCCAGAGUGCUGGAGGCAGCACCCAGCCAAGCCAGACUCAGCACCAUACUGCUACUUUGACACGCCUGAGAUGUACACGCACUGGCACAUCCUGUAUGAUCAUCAACAGAAACGGGAGGCCCAGAAGACGUUGCAGAAAAUGAGCGCUCAACUUAAGUGGCAGGAACUCACAAAAAGCCUGAAAUCUCCCAGAGAGGAUGAGCAGUUCUAUGCAACACAGGCUCUGGGAUGCCUGGGCAUCAGUGAUGAGUCUGUCAUAGAGGCACUACUGCAGGUGGUUGAAACUGGUCCAGAGAGAGUGAAGUAUGAGGCUUAUAGAACCCUGGCCAUCCUGGGUUGCCUGAAUAAGGAUGUGAUCCAGGCUCUCAUCAAGCAGUUGAAGGAGCCAAAUGAGGAGCAAAGGAUGGAUACUCUGAGGGGACUACGAGUAGCUCUAAAUUCCUGGGCUGCUAUCCCCAAAGACAAGAGGACUCAAAUCGGGAAUGAAGGGAUGCUGGCAUCUGUGCUGCAGAUGCUGAUACAGAAGUCAAAGAAUGAAGCAGCCAUGGAGGCAGCCCUGUGUUUGGGUUUCCUGAGACCCUGCAGCAACACAGCCCGAGACUUCUUGCUGCAGUGCCUAUGCCACGGGCUUAUGUCCCAGAGGAUGAAGAUACUUAGGAUGCUGGUCAAGAUGAUGCGUGUACACUCAGCCGAGGUCAUCAGGGCCGUCCUAGACCAGCUGUGCUAUUCUUGUGUCCUUGAGCACCGCUUUGAGGCGACCCAGAUGCUCAAGACCAUUGGGCUGGAACAGAUCCAGGCACAGGGACUGGAGGGACUCACAUUUGACCUACUCAGGAGGAAGAUAUCUAAUGAACCCUUCCUCGCUAUGAGGCAGGUUGUGGCUGAAAUUGUGGACGAGUUCAAGAUGAAGCCCAUGAUGAUGAACUUGGUGGAGGGGCAACUAAUGAACCCACAAGCUGCUUCACGCCAGGAAGCAGUCAUCUCUUUGGGCGUCCUGGGGAUCCGCAGCCCACCAGUGUUCCACUUGCUCCUGGACAUGCUAGAUACAGAAAAAAGCCUGUCUAUAAAGAAGAGUCUACAAGAAACACUCACUGUUUUGGCCUCAAUUGAUCCCUGGAUCAAAAACAAGCUGAAAAACAAGGUUUUCUUUGUAUCUGAGUCACCUCUGACCAAGGAGAAGGAAGAGCCUACAAGGUUCAGAGAAGAGAAUGAGAACCUAGAAGAGUUAAAUAUCCAAGACUUUCGACUUGCACAGCUUAGCCCCUUGUUUAUUGCAAAGGCCAGUGCCUCAUCAGACCAACAGGAAAAGUUGAGGGCCCAGAAAAGGUCUCCCUGUUACCUCACCUCUGCCUUCCCUCCCUAUUUCCCUAAACCACUAAACCACAAGUCACAGGCCACAGGGCCUUGGACACCAGCAAUCAGGAAACAGCUUCAGAUCUUUGCCAAAACCUCCAAAUAG